AAUCAUCAGCAUUAAUUUGGAACUUUUAACAACUUUUAAACGCUGAUCAUGGGAGGAUCCGGCUCAAAAUCUCAAUCAGAACCAGAAAACACACCAGAACCACCAGAAAUUAGCAAAAUCAUCCAAAGACCAGCUUCAAGCUGUUCAACAAAUGAAGAUGACUUUUCUAUAAUUGAGGAAAUAGACGAUGCAAGCAACCUUAAAUCAACAACAUCGCAAAAACCAGCAAGUCAACAAUUAAAACCAAAAGACGCAUUUUUCAAAUCAUUCAUUGAAGCCAGCAUCAAUGACUUAGAUCAAAGCAUUGAAACAAUCACAAACCAUGCAAAAACAAUAAUUCCUGAUGGUUUUACAAAUCUUUCCGUAAAGAAAUUAAAUCGAUGUUUAGUCUUUACGAUUGAAAGUCUUUACGUGAACUUUGAUAAGCUCAACUUUCACAGAGACGUCAUUUCUAUGAUUUUUGAAGAUGCACGACAGUCAAAUCGAUCUGAAAUGAACUUCUCAACAGCUUUUGGACGACUUUGCAGGCAACAGAUACAUAAUAUUGGGAGUGAUCAGAAAUGGAAUGAUAUUGUCAUGUUUGGUGCGCUUUUGUGUGAACUUACUGUUGUUUAUCAUAAAGAAUCAACUUUAUUCAUGUUGGAGUUGAAUAUUUGGAUACAAGAAAUCAUUAAAUCUGCGCUAAGUGGAAAUGACAAUGGAUUGAUUGCUUAUAUGUUGAUUUUGAAUCGAUUAAUAACGAGAAAGGAUGUCUUUGAUCAAAUAAAUAGGCAAUACUUUAAAAUAUUGAGGACAUUAAUUGGGAAUUUCGAUAAUCAAAGCAAACUUCGAACUAUCGUGUCCUGCCUCAUUACGAAUGUUGAUAACUUUAAUAAAAAUGAUGUUGCAACUGCUAUUGACAAAAGUAAACCAACUGUUCGAAGCAAACGACUUAAAGUUCCGAAACAUAUGAUCGUUGAUGACGCAGAAUAUUUAGAAGAAGUUCAAAUAUCCAAUAAAUGUAAAGCCUUUGAAAAAUACCUCAAAUCAACGUCAAAAGGCAUAAAUGACUUUUGUAGCUUCUUCAGUGACGCAACAAUCAAUGAAGUUGAAUAUUUCUCAAGAAUAUUCAUUGAUCAUGCGAUUGAGAAUCCAAAAGAGAUCAAAAUUCUUGGUUCAAUUGCGUCAAAGUAUCAAACUGCACUGUUGAGAGUAAGGAGGUUAAUUAAGGAUACUGUAAAAGGUCUCGAGGGUGAAUUUGAGACUUUAAAAAGAGCAGGGAAUGCAGAUUCAGUGAAAGUUGGGAAUCUAGGAAAACUUCUUGGCGAAUUGUACGUUUCUGAAAAGCCGAUAAUUACAGCUGAGUUCAUGACAUCCUUUUUGACAUUCCUAACUGAUAAUGGAGACAUAACAACGAUUGCAUCAACCUUAAAACUUUGCGGUUAUUUCUACAAAUCUAAAAAUCAAAAACAUUUUGAUAAUUUCAUGGAGUCAAUCAAUGUGUUUCGAUCAAUAAUUGAGGAUGAAUUUAUUGAUUUGUCUGAAAAUUACGAGAAUAAGGAACAAAUUUGUAAGUCAAGGCUGUUCAUGCCAGCAGAUUCUGUAAAAAAAUUGAGCAGUUUAGAAAUGGUCAUAACGAAUGUCUCUGAAAAUAAGAGUGUCAGUUACAACUAUGAACUCACAGGCAUUCUGCACAUGAAUUAUAAAAGAUUAAUCAAGUUGGUCAUCAACAGUUUAAAAACACCAGACGCAAAUGUCAUCGAACUUGCUAAAUUUCUAAAAUCUUUGCACGAUUUUACUUAUAAAAUCGGAAAUUUCGUUAAAAGAUUGAAGGUUAAUUUAGAAUUGAGGGUUUUGGACAUGUCAACUGAUAAUCUACAGGAAAUGAAGAUUCUCGGCAUGUUCAUAGCUGAAUUGAAGAAUUUGAAUGUCACCAGCAAUGAAAGUCAAAAGCUGUGGCUGGAAAAGGCUAAAAGUUUGGAUCCUGUCGAGAAUUUUGAGGUUAUGGAGAUUUAUGUUGAUGUAGUUAAAGCUAUGCUGGUUAAUAUUCAAAUUCACGAAUAUGAGAAGAUUGAGAAGAUCCAAAAGUUCCUCUUGGACUUCAACAAAUCCUUAGAAUCAACAGACAAUGAAGUUACAAUCAGAAUCAAGUCUAAAAUCGCUCAAAUUCUUCAAAAUAUUGUCAUCAAAAAGGUUGACUCAGCAACUGUAGAUCUUCUCUUUAAAAUCAGACAUGGACAAAGAAUUGAAGGUCUUCCAAAAGACAUGCCCGAAAGUGAUCCAAAUCAAUUGGAUGUUCAGGAUUUUGCUAAAAUAUUCUACAUCAAUGCCAUCUCGAAUCACCUUUUCACUGUAAAUUUUACAAACUCACUGAAAUUCCUCAAAACUGGAUCAAAAGGAGAAAAAUUCAUUCAAAACUUAAGAGACAUGCUGUCUUCAAAUCUAUUUCCAAACAUUUAUUCUCCUGACUUUUGUGAAUCGGAUGAAGCUCAAGGCACAUUUGAGCUUAUUCUUCAACUUUUUAAAGAAGGUGUCUUAAUGGAUUUGGAAAUUAUUUCAUUUCUGCAAGUCAUCUAUGAACUUGAGAACUUGCAGAAGUAUAAAGACUAUGCAUCUAAAUUCACAGAUGAUUUAUAUCUGCUAGUUGUACGCGGUACUAGAAGAAAUGCCAGGAAGUUCAGUCACAAUUUGACAAAAUACAUUGAAAGAGUUCAACAGAAAUUAAAGGAACUGGAUGUUGAGGAUGUAGAAGUUGAAGAUCCAUUUAAGAAUGUGGAAGGACAAGACGAUGAAGAAGAAAAUGCUGAACUUAAGCUUAAGGAAGACGAAUGUGACAAAGAAGAAUCCUCUGAUGAUCAAGUUAUGGAUAUAGCAUCAACUAAAGUUCAAGAAUGUGAAAAAACACCAGAAACUAUUUGUGACAUUGAACAUUUAGACCCAGAACCCAUUGCAAUCCAAGAGAUAACCGACAAAUCACCCGAAGAUAACUUAAAAGAACAAAAUCUUGAAUCUAAAUCAUCUAAAGUUGAUAAUAAGAUUGACACAUUAAGUUGCAUGGCUACAGCUGCACUAGAAACUCAAAACCAUUCAACAGCUACAACUGCUCAAUCAGCAUCAUCAUCAUGGCAAGAAAUAUGCAAUUUACUCAAACAAGAUCAGGAAAAGGACAAUUCUUUGAGUUUAAUUUUAUUGGACCAGGAGCAACAUCAACCAGCUUGGAGUAUGCUAGAGAAUUCAAUUUCUGAUGAGAUUGCUGAAGAGUUAAGUCAAAGCAGCAAGAUUGUUAAUCUUUUAACUCAGAUUGAGGAGAAAUUAGCAACCUUCAGUGAAGAUUCCAAGGAACAAGUGCCACAAUUUCAAGAGCUAAACCUGAAUGAAAAAGCUGCUCCAAACCCCAACUUAUCUGUUGAAAAUCAACAUUCAGCACAGAUCAAUCCAAAUGUAACACAAACCAGUCAAAACUCAUCACAAGAUGCUUCGAACCUCUACCAAUUUCAAUCAAUUCAUUCAGCAAACUUUAACAUACCAGGCCUAGCUGAAUCUUACAAUGAAAUCUUACCAGUUAUCACAACAAACACAUCACAUCUAAGAAGACAUUCAAUUGUAAUUUAUGGCUGGUCAAUUGAAGAUCAAACCCUUAAACCACAAGUUAAAGAGCUCACUGUUCUUUUGUCGACUGAAUUGAGAAAGCAUCACAAGCAGUUGCUUAAGGAUGUGACUAAUGAAUUAAUGGAUGAGUUGGAUAUUAUUCGUAGAGCUCAAGGUGUUAGUAAUCAUGAUGGCAAGAAAUUUUCUCAACAGAGGAACGACUUCAUAUUGACAUGCAGAGCUGUUUUUCCGUUGCUGGAGAGUCGACAUAUUUACGAUAUCUUAGAUUGCAUGCUGAUUCACAUCAAUGAUGGAAAUAGGAUUGUGGUUGAACUCUUUUUGGAUGUAACUGAAGGAAUAGAGGAUGUCUUUAGCGUUGAUUGUAAGGCACGAAACAAAUUUUUGACAUUUUGUACUCAAGUCUUGGAAUAUGCUGUGAAAUUCAGGAAUGCAGACCCAAGAACGUCAAAAAUGCUUAAAUAUUUCAAAACCUUAAAGAACAAGCCCGAAAGAUCACAAAGCAUCGAAAGUUCCUCAACUCAACGACUAAGCAACAGCCAAUUAAGCAUAAACUACGUCAGUCCUUGGCCAGACAAGCCAAGAAGAAGGUAUCGAGGAUAUCGAAGGCCAAGAGAAUCAAGUCAAAGCACACAAAAGUUUGGAUUGUCAAGAGCUUCAAGUCAGGCGACAGAUAGAUCAAGUCAAAGUGUGCAAUCAAGUAGACAGUCAAGGCAGAAAGUCAAAUCAAGUGGACAAUCAAGUCAAAAUACUCAGACAAGUGCAAAGUCAAGACAGAGUCUUCAGCCAAGUUCAAAGUCAAGUCAGAGUCUUCAGCCAAGUUCAAAGUCAAGUCAGAGUCUUCAGCCAAGAGAAAAGUCAAGUCAGAGUCUUCAGCCAAGUGCAAAGUCAAGUCAGAGUCUUCAGCCAAGUUCAAAGUCAAGUCAGAAUGUUCAGUCAAGUGUAUCACAAGGUGUAUCAGGUCAAGUAACUGGAAAGUCAAAUUCAAUUCCCUCAAAUGUCAUUCAAGAUCCACCAGCAAGUCUCAAAACAGAUGCUAAGGUCAUGUUCUACAUCAAUCAGCUUCAAUCUACAAAUGUUGAAAAACUUACACCUAAGAUUAGUUCCAUCUUAGCUAAAGACUUUUCAAAAAACAGAUUUAUGGAAAUUUUACUACAAAAGGGGAUUUCAGACGAGAAAUUCAUAAAUCCAGCCAUCGAUUUAUUUGUGCAUCUUUUUGAAGAAAAUGGCAUUAAACCAGCAAAAAUAGCAUUAGCUGAUGAAAUUGGCAAUGAGUUCAUAAACCUUUGUGAAGAUGGCGGGAAGCUAGAACAAAAAAUGAUGAACUUAGUAAAGUUCACGCUUGCAUUUGAUCCGUUUCUAAAAGGAUCAUUUUUAUUUGAACUUUGGUCGCAACUUCUUGAAUUCGUUGAACAGGAUUGUCCGAAUUCUCUGAAAGCUCUUUUGUUGCUGAUGGAAAAUAGCUUUGAAAUUUUGUAUGAUUCAAGAGAUCGAACAAGAUUUUUGAGAUAUGUUGUAAUAGUUUUUAAAAGAAAAUUGGGCGUAAUUAAGGAUAAAAGUUUAAGAGACAAGAUGAACAAGAUAAUAAGAAGUUUUGAAAGAGAUGAAGCUCCUGCAAAUGUGAUUAAAGACAAUACUCAACAAACUGAUCAAAAUAAGUUAAGUUCACAAAACAAAAUUACUGAACCAGUUGCAAAAGCUUCAGGAAUUGCCACAAAUCCUCCAACAUCUAAAAUUACUCUGCCUGGUUCACAACAGCAAGUCAAAGCUAUAAAUCCUCUUGAACUUUUGCCGAUCAAAACUCAAGAACUUGACAAAAACCAUUCGAAAGUGGUUACAGGAUUGACAAAAGACCUCAACUUUUUGAACUUUAGCAGACCAUCAACUGCAAUUGAACCAGCAGCAACGAUGCAGCGUCAAGAAGUAUCCAUCAAGAAAAGUCAAACAAUUCAGUCUAAACUGCAACUUCAAAGUAACAUCCAAACCCACCAAGAUGAUCAAGUCCGGCUCCUGAACUUCACUCCCGACUACUUUUUAUUUGACAAUUCAAUCACAAAUCCACAAAAAUUUGAGAAAACUCUGAAAGUUUUAUGUGAAAAAUGCAGAAGUUUUGAAAACAACGACGAACAUUCAAUCAAAAUUAAAGAAUUCAUCGCCAUUGCCAUCAUUAAGAUCAACUUUUUACAAACUCAAGUCAAACUUGAUGAAUUUGAGAAGUUUGCUGAAAUAUUUUACGAAUUGUACACAAGAACUGAUCAGACUAAGUUCAUGCAAUGGAUUUUAAUGAAGUUUUUGAAGGCUUGGAAUUUAAAUGAUCAAAAUUUGUCUGAUAAAAUGACUAAAAUUUAUGAUAGAUAUUCAAAGUCAGUGCUGCGAGUUAAAAAGUCUUUCAAAAUGUCAGAAGAAAUGGCUACCAAAACUGAUAAAGCAACAGCUUCAAACAACAUAACCUCAAAAUCGGGAGAUCAACAAAUUCUUUCAAGCACACCCCAAAAGCCUGACAACAUAACCUCUAAUUUAGGAGUUCUAACAUCAAAACCUAAAAGUACAACCUUAAAGUCUCGAACCAUAACCUUAGUUUUUGAUGAUUUGGUACCAAAAUCUGAAAAACGAUCAAAUUCUAUCUCACAGAAGAAGUCUGAUGAUGUAAGCUUGAAAUUUGAAGACACAACCUUAAAAGCUGAUAACUUAACCUCAACAACUAGUGACAUAACCUCAAAAUCUGGUGACAUAACCUCAAAAUCUAGUGACAUAACCUCAAAAUUUGGUGACGUAACCUCAAAAUCUGAUGAUUUAACCUCAAAGUCUGGUGAGAUAACCUCAAAAUUCCUGGAAGCUACCUCGAAGCCUAGUAUUACUCUGAAUACAGCCAUCUUAUCCUCAAAAUCGGAGAGCACAGCACCAAAAUCAAUCAAUCUAACCUCAAAAUCAGUUCAAAGCAAUUUCUUCAUUAACUUCAUGACCAGUUUACAAAAUCUACUAUUUGAUCAUCUCAAAAGUACUACAAUUGAUGUCGAUCGUGAUCCAUUUUUGGACUAUUUUGCACUUAAAAAGAAGAAAGCUUAUGAAAUAGUUUGUGACUUAUAUUUCCUAGGUUUAAUAUCGACACAGUUUGUGGUCAGCUGCAUUGCAAAAAUGUUUGAAUAUCCUUUAAUAAUUGAUAAAAAUGUUGAUGUUGUGGUUAGGUUGAUGAAGCUGGUCGACAAAAUUGUGAGAAUAAGGAACAAAGAAAAGAAUUUUUUGGAAGUUUUGAAGCCAUUUUGGUUGAGAUUGCCAUUUGGAGUUGAAUUGAUGUUUUCUAUUUCUGUUGACAAAUGGACAGUUUUGAAAAAUUUCAUACAAAAAUCAUUACUUUAUCGCUUAAAUGCUAUUGAAUUUCGUGCUUUUAUUGAAAGUUUGUGGACUGAAUUGAUGGAAAAUCCAGGAAAAUUUAAUGAAAUUGUUCAAAUUUUUGAAGACUUUUUAGAAGUCUUGGGAGACAGUUUUGCAGUUUUAAUCGUUGAUUUUAUGGAAAAUCGAAGAAAUUCACUCGAAAAAUUCCCAAUCGAGAACAUUUUGAAGCCAAUUUCAUUAAAAUACAAAACUUCAAUUUUAUUCGCAUUUGAGCUUUUUGAAAUGGGAAUUUUAAAUUGUGAAUUAUUUUCAAAAUGGUUAAAUGACAAAAUUUAUGGAAAGUUGGUGCAAGAACAUAAUUCUGAGAUUUUAUUGAAAUUUGGACAAAAAGGUUUGAAAAUUGAUGGAAAUUUGGAUGAAAAUUUGAUUAAUUAUUACAAAAAGUUAAAUAAUUUUGGUUAA